CCAAAAUUUGGAAUUACAGGCAAAGCAAGGACCUCAAUUUCCUAAUCUGCAGUUGUUUGUUAUCUUCUUUGAUUUGGAUGAAGAGAUAGAGACAUAUGGCAGCUCCGGUGAUGAUAAACGGCGGCGAUGCGACGGAGAGGGAAGCUCGAAUGGCACACUCUGCAAUGACCUUCGUUCAGCUCAUUUAUGGCGCUUACCAUGUGAUUACGAAAGUAGCUCUUAACGUUGGUAUCAAUCAGCUCGUCUUCUGUGUCUUCCGUGAUCUUCUUGCCCUCUCGAUUCUCGCACCUCUCGCUUAUUUCCGCGAAAGAGGGAUCAGGCCUCCUAUGAAUAAAAGCAUCUUCUUUUCACUCAUAUUUCUCGGUUUAGCAGGGAUAUUUGGGAACCAAUUACUAUUUCUUAUGGGUUUAUCAUACACGAAUCCAACUUAUGCCGCUGCUAUACAACCAUCCAUCCCAGUCUUUACCUUUCUAUUAGCUCUGAUGAUGGGUACAGAGAAAGUGAGCUUGUUUAAAAUCGAGGGCCUUACUAAAGUUGGAGGUACCCUAGUUUGUGUAUCGGGUGCAGUAGUGAUGGCUUUGUUCCGUGGUCCAGCCUUGUUUGGAGAUAAAAAUGCAGACUUUACAGAAAAUACUGUAACCAUUGAUAGAAGUCAACCUGAGCUUCAUGGUUGGUUAGUCACUAGUUUUCUUGGUCUUGGGCUAGAUCUAUGGCACAUUGGAGUUGUAUGCUUGAUUGGAAACUGCAUGUGUAUGGCUGCUUUUCUCGCUGUCCAAGCACCGGUUCUGAAGAAGUAUCCUGCGCACCUCUCGGUUACUGCGUAUUCAUACUUCUUCGGUGCAUCAAUAAUGAUCACAACUGCUCUCGUGUUUGUUAAAGAGCCUAAAGAUUGGAGCUUGACACAAUCCGAGGUUCUUGCUGUUAUAUUCGCGGGAGUGUUUGCAUCAGCUCUAAACUAUGGACUCUUGACUUGGUCUAAUAAAAUUCUUGGAGCUGCUUUGGUUUCUCUCUACAACCCUCUACAGCCUGCAGCAUCCGCCUUUUUAUCGACGAUUUUCCUCGGCAGUCCAAUCUAUCUCGGAAGCGUUGUGGGAGGAAUUCUUAUCAUUUCCGGGCUUUAUAUGGUUACUUGGGCGUCUUAUAAAGAACAACAAACAACAGUUUCAGGAAAUGCGAUUGCUUCUUCUGGUGAUGUAAGAAUCGUAGAACCUUUGAUUUACAGAGAUGAGACUGAUAAUAAAAUCAGGUGAAAGACAGUCAUUUUUGCUUUCAGACAAGAUGUAUAUUAGACAGUUUUUUUUACCAGUUAAGCUUUAUUCGUUGCUUUACUUUUGAA